GAAAAUGUAAACAGAAGUCAUGACUUAUAAAACCAAGUAGGCCAAUAAAAAAAAUACCCAAAAAAUAAACAUUUUAAUGGUGCAUUUCAAAAAAGUGAUGAGUUGAUCAGAAAAUACUUUAAAUACAAAAAUGGCAGGAGAUGGUUCAUUCUCACCAGUGACUGUGAGACCAUCACAUAGACCGUACAGAGAACGUUAUCUUAAUGAUGAAGUUGACAAACUUGAAGGUCAUGAUGGACCCAAAUUGGUUCGACAAAUGGUGAUUGGUUUCUCAUGUGCUGCUUUGUUUGGUUUAAUAAUGUUAGUAAUUGGAGGUGUGUUUAUUGGUGAUGCUGUCAAAUCUGGAUAUGCCAUAACUAUUAUGUUAUGUGUAAUGGGCAUAGUAUGUGGUCUUAUUAUACUAGUCACUGCUAUAAUAUUGGGAAAAUUAUUUAUCUCAAGAAAGUGGAGAAUAUCUAGAGGACGUCCAAGACGGCCACCUCAGCAGUGUAUGCAGACUUGUUCAGUGAUCCACACCCCUUCCAAUGAUCAGCUGAAUACCUGUACACGACCUGAUCCACCGCCAGCUUAUGAGUCAAUUAUGAUGGCAGAAAUAGGAACUGAAGAUGGACCAAUAAUAAUGACAGCUCCGCCUAAUUAUCAUGAUAUUUCUGCACCACUACCAAAAUAUGGAGAUUCUAUUUGAUAUUUAAAUGACUGGGCAUUGUAUUUAUAGUUCUUCCUGUUCUUGUCUCUAUACAAAAUGUACUAUAUAUUUUAUCACUUGCUUUAAUGUUGUACCUGAAAUAAGGACUACUUAAUGUUAAUGAAUCAUAAAUGUUGUUGUACAUGUACAUGUUAUGAAUGCAAGCACAUUUUUAUAAGCACAGAAGGUCUUGUUGUUUUGAAACGUGUAAUGCAAACUUAAUUCACAUGUUUUCUUAGCUCUUGAAAUUUACAAAAUCUCAAUCAUAAUGAUAUUUUACUAUAGAAACAAAUCUUAGAUCAACAACUGACCACCAGAUGUAUUGUGUAAAAAUUAUUUAUCUCCAUUUUUUUUACUAAGUUGGGGGAGAAUAAUGUAACUUAUUUAAUUGUUCUACUGUUCUGAAGCUACAUUGUUAUUUGUGGUACUUUUAAAAAUUUUAGAUUUAGAAGGAUUUUUUAAUGAAUUGUACAUGUGUAUUAUGUUAUUGUUUUAGAUGGGUUUUUUCCGUAAUUGAUUUGUUUGCAGAUUGUACCACAUUUUUGUAUUGUAUAUUCUCAAUCCAAAAAAUAAUAUACUUUAACAAGAUCUGUGUUUUGUAAAUAAUUUAUAUCAUAUUUCUAUAUUCAAUGUUUGUGAGUACUCAUGUUAAGUGAAAGAGCUUAAUUAUGCAUGAGAAAGGCAGGGGGCUUGAUGCCAAAGUUAAUAACAUGUGUAUGCAUAUGAUAAAAGAUCUUGUGCAUUUCUGAGAAUAUCAGAUUCUGGAGCUUUAUGUUAAUGAACCCAAGUGCAUUUAUUAAAAAGGGUGAUAUCUUGAGCUUGCAGAUUUAAAAUACUUUUUUCUUACAAUAUUUUACUUUUUAAGUGGUUGUGCUGCACAGUUUUUUUAAUAGCAUGUUUAUUUAUUUUAAUCAGGUUUUGUACUUUAGUCAUCAUCAUGACUAUUUUUCCAGUGAUAAACAUGAUAAAUAAUGACUAAUUUUUAUAGAAACUAUUUUUUGUACAUCUUCACUAGCCAGCAAUUAUAAUAAAUUUCUACUCUCAUUACACUUGACCUUUCGGGUAACUUUUUAAAGUCUGGUUUCUUCAAUGUCAUUUUUGUGUUAUAGGAAACUUCCUGUAAUAAAUACUAACUGUCUAUUCAAUUAUUUCUUGGCUACUAAUUUGCAUUGAAUCAGGACAUCUUUUUUAAUACUUGGUUUACCAAUUCGAUAAAUUCUACAUGCAAGACUUCAGGUGUUUUGUUUCCUGUUUGAUUCUGGAAUUCAUGGUUCAGAUAUACCUAUAUAAAAUUCACAAAAAAAGAGAAUCCAAACAAUUAUAAUUAUGCUAUUUAUAUACAACAAACUCAUCAUAGAUACUAGGACUACAAUUUUGUACAACAUACCCAGUUGUCAAGCUUGAGUAAAAAAAGUGAAAAGGGACAAAUAAAGUAUGAAAUUAGAGAGCAUUUAAGACCCAAAUCCCUAACAAAAUUGCCAAUUAUAUCUAAGAUAAUCUAUUCCUAAGGUAGAAAGACCUUAGUAUUUUGAAAAUUAUAUAAAGUUUUAUAAUCAGUCAAUGUAUAACAACAACCAUAUCAAUGAUAAUUCCUGUUGACAGUUAAGUACUGACUACUGGGUUGGUUAACCCUCGGGGAGUUAACAUCCACCAGCAUUGGCUUUGACCCAGUGGUUGCAAUAUUGGUAGGUAGUAAAUGUGUAUAUUAUUGUUGUAAAAUGUCUAAUUAAGAGCACAAUCAUUUUUCAUUAUUAAUUGAAUUGGUUAAAGCAGUUUUUAAAACUCUAUAAUUAUUUUUUUAUCAUUUAAGUAACCUUGAAGUUGUUGCAUUUUUUCUAAGAGAAAUAAAGCAAAUGUUGUUUGGGUUUAUUAUUGUGUGUGGGUUGCUGUCUGAUUGAUUUUACCUGCAUCUCAUUUCGUUUACGUAUAAUACUUCUAAUUAAAUUGUAAAAAAUGAUUUACAACAAUUCUACAAAGAAAUAUUUUCCUAUCUUGACUUGUGAUAUUUUUUCAAUGCUUAUUCUUCAUGAUAUAUAUAUAUAUAUAUAUGUACCUGUAUUAUGUAAAUUCUUAACCUGAUUUUUUGUCAUCAGAUUUAAUUUUGUUAUAAAGUUGUGAUACUUUUGUUAUUGGUUUUAUAUAUUAGUGUAUUCAAGAAGAUUUUAUUUACAAUAAAGUGAACAACUCAU